GUGAGUGCGCGCACGCGCACUGUCUGUGCCGCCGGACGCAGGACGCUCGACGCUCCCGCCUCCGCGGACCUUCCAGUGGCUCCGCUCCCGCGGCUGGUGUCGCGGGCUCGGUGAGACUUUGCUUAGAGGAGCAUGAGGUCCCUUUCGAGGCCGUCGCCUGGAGGACAGCGGUUUUUAUGACAGUAUUUUCACUCGCUGUUACCGUUUUGAGGUCAUUUGCCUGGAGUUUUUACUGCUCCAAAAUCAACUUUUUCUCCGGAUUUCAGUUUUUGGGGCGAAGAUUACGUGAGAUGGAAGAUGUUCGAGGUAUAGCUGAAGAGUCAUUCCCAAGCUUUUUAACCAAUUCAUUACUUGGUAAUAGUGGGAUUUUGGAAAAUGUGACUCUUUCUUCUAAUCUUGGCUUGCCUGUUGCUGUUUCAACGCUUGCUAGAAGUAGACACAGCCCUGAUAACAGGUUUUGUGAUGUCCAGGCAUCUUACUUAGUGGAAGGGAGGUUUUCGAUUCCGUUGGAGUCCUCUCCCAGCAGCCAGAGUGAAGUGGAACCACGAGAGAGGUUACAGCUCGUCUUCCGGGAAGAUGAAAGUUCUGUCUCUAAGACAAAGAACCGUACGGAAAGCCAGCGUUUGUCAGAUGUCGUCCUCAGAGAGCCCGCUUUUCAGAGUGACGCAGCAGGAGCAGACGAGGGGCCGGCCAGAGUCGCCGAGCCCUUCCAGAGCCGCCGCCCCUUCGACGGGGCUUCGCCGCUGCAGCAAGUGCGAGACCUUCCCGUUGAUUCUCGUUCUCGGGCGUGGAUGAAUGAGGAGGACAAGAUCGCUGUUCCUGAUGCAGGAGAACAGUUUGAAGAGAGGAGUCCAAGCGAUGACUUGAGCCAUCUGAGUCUCUUAGAAAACGAGCAGCUAAUGUCCUUGGCGAGCCUGGAGGAGUCCUCUGAUGAUGAUAUUGAUGAUGAAGAGUUCUAUGACGAUCAUUUGGAAGCUUAUUUUGAGCAACUGGCGAUUCCAGGAAUGAUAUAUGAAGACCUUGAAGGACAGGAGCCUCCGGAAGUCUGUUUUACGUUACCUACAAGUGGUCCUAGUCAGGAAAGUGCAAGAGAAGAAGUUCUGGUGAAGACUCUUGGGGCUGCUAACGCGAAACUUAAUCCUGUUUAUUUUCAUGACACAAGUGCCAGGAAGGAGGAUUUUGACUUGGUGGACCCUUUAAAGCCGGAGGCAGGGUCCCCUCAUCAAAGUAAGCAUUUGACAGCAGAGGCAGAAACGGCUCUGCCCACGGACGGGUGUUCAGACCCCGAGACUCGGGAAGUGUCUGCGCAGGAAAACGUGCACGUGGCGGCUUUGAAGCCUGUUCGUGACGAUGGAGUUAGUUCCGCUGAUGCUCUUUGGCCACCAGCUGGCGAAUGGCGAACGUGUGAAUAUUACGAGUCCUUUGGAAAGAGCAAAGACCAUACGGAUCCACCACAGAGUGUGGUGUAUCAAAAUGAAGAGGGCAGAUGGGUCACUGAUCUUGCUUAUUACACGUCUUUUAAUAAAGAAGAAGAUGUGAAUGCGUCUCUAAGUAAUGAGCUGAAUGAAGACUUCAGAUCCGGCUCUGAAGCUUUGGAUUUGAUAGCGCAAGACGAGGAAGACUUUAACAAAGAGCACCAGUUCCUGCAGGAAGAAAAUAUGGAUGCCCGAAACACUUCAGUUGCCCUCGGGGACACGUCCUGGGGAGCUUCAGUCAAUUACAGUCUGUUGAGGCGAUCACUUAGCACAUCAGAUUUGGACAAAGAUGAUGCCAGCUAUUUACGGCUGUCCUUAGGAGAGUUCUUUGCCCAAAGGUCUGAAGCUCUCGGUUGCCUCGGUGGCGGGCACAGUGUGAGGAGACCAUCGUUUGGUUAUUUUAUUAGAUCACCAGAGAAGAGGGAACCUGUUGCUCUAAUAAGAGAAUCAGACACACCAAGAAGUAACUUGGAAAAAGGAACGGCUCUUCUGAACCAGGAUCUGUCUUCAGAUGUAAAUGCACAACUGAGUGAAGGAUCAGUGACACUUCAGGCUGAAGAACUGGAAAGUGUUUCACAAGUGGAUGAAAAUGACACGACACUGACUGCCAGUAAAGGCCAAACAGAGGACACUUUCUUUGUGGACAGCAAGCCCCAGAGGCACAAGGGCAGCGGAGGCGACUCCGUACUGCGGGUCAGCACCAUUGCUGCGGCCAUUGCAGACGCGUCGGCAAGCGCUGACCCGUCCCAGCUCGCCGCCAUGAUCAGGGCACUUUCCAAUAAAACCAGGGAGAAGACGUUUCAGGAGCAUGACACGUGGAAGGGCUGUCCCACCAAGUCUGGUUUCUUACCCAGGGAGUUGGAAAGAAGUGGUGGGUCCAGCACCCUCGAUAUGGAGAAAUACCUUAGGAAGACGGAAGUCAGUGGAUGUGAAGGUGGCCUGGAGACUCUUUCAAGAGCGGGUGUGUCUGACAUAUGGGAUUUAUCUUUGCCCAGAGAACGGACUCCACACGACAUCCGUGCAGUGGACGGGGGUGCUGCUGGCGCAAGUGUGUGGGGGCUGGAGGCAAACACAGCAGCUGCUUUCUGUGGUGGAAACCGAGGGGACGAGAGCCAGAUGUCACUAAGGACAGUUGAGGCCAUGAGCUCCGUUCUUACAAGUACAGGGGAGCGUGGGGGUGUAGGUGCCCAUGUGAAGACACGAUCCGCUGACUGCAGGUCACCAGGUACUGGGGACGGUGAGAGGGUCGCCUUGGGGCCCGUCCCCACGUCCAGCAGUUACUCACUGGUCAGGAGCCCCAGGGUGGCGUCCCUGUGGCUGUCUGAGGAGCGCAAAGACUCACGCAGAGGUGGACAGGAGCCCACGCAGCGCGAGUGUGGCAGUGAGAUGAGCACCGGCGGGAAGCACGCGGCCUGUGGAAACCCCUACCUCGUCUCUCCUGGGCGCGUCACCUCACCUGGACACGUCGGUGUGCAGAACCCGCCUCCUGAGCAUGGUGGGCGUGGCUCUGAGGACGACCAGGACAGCUUCAGGCCUUCCACUUCUCCGCUGAGUCAUUCUUCCCCUGGUGAAGCUUCUGGGACAAGUGUAUCAGGGUAUGCUCUGGAGUCUUUCGCUGCAGCAGCCCAUCCUCAGAAGCCCGCCUGUGAGAGGGAGUCGUCCCAGCUGACGUGCCCACAGGCCAGUGUGACCAGGCUGACGUACGUGUCGGAACCAGAGAGGAGCACCUGUCCCUCCAUGGCCUCAGAGCGGGGCCUUGAGGGCCACAAGAGUGACGUCACCAAUGAGCUGAGCACCACGAUCGUCCAGUGCAGUCCAGUUCCAUCGGAGGCACAGGCCGAGGACGUGUUGAGGGAAGACAGUCUGUUUCAAAGUAGAGGAAAAAGGGCUUUGCCGUACAUUAUCCAGAAGAACGUGGAUACGGGGAAGGUGACUGAAACUACUUCUCUGAGCAGCAACCCUGAAGAUGUAAAACCUAACUUGAGGUGGAGUGGAGAGCUGGCCUCCAAAAGUGAGGACCGAUCAGAAACCAGCGCAGUAGGUUUGACCUCAGACCCCAGUGAAUCGGACCAGAGCAGCCUGGCACGGCUGAGCAGCUCAGGCCCCAGCCUCCCGGCCGUGCCGGCGGUGCCGCGCCUCCCCACGCCAUGCCAGGGAUCUGUGGACCGAGGUGAAGGCAUUGCUUCUGAAGGUACAUCAGCCACUGGCAGUGCACUCAGUUGCCGGGGGCCUCACCAGGUGGCCUCUGGAGACCAGUGCGGCCCCAUCCCCUGCACCGUGGCGCUCGCUUCUGCUCCUGAGAUGCACAGCAUGCCCCUCCCGGUCCCCACGGCUCCGGCGCAAAGUCCUUCGACCGCAGCUCCCUGUGCCCAGCAGUGUCUGGAUGCCCUGCCUUCAGCUGGGACAGCUGCUCCACCCUGGGGCGGGGCUGCCAGCACUGUGGCCUGUGGCUCCUCGGGGAGCUGUCCUCACUGUGCGCCCCCGGGAGAGCGCAUUCCGAACCCCAUCUGUCUCGGACGAGAUACCGGCUCGGGAUUCAUGGGGACCUCUUCCCUUUGUCACCCGUGUUCCAGCACCUUCAGCCAGAACCUUCUGAGCACAGCGAAACCUUUUCCUGUGCGGUCUGUCGGUCCACGCUGUGGAGUUGGCCUGUGGGAUUCAGGAGUGAUGUCAGGGUUCGGCCGAGCCAGGCUGCCGGAGGCGCUGGGCUUUCCUCACGCGUGCUGUGUGGGCAUCGCCUCGCAGACCCUCCUCAGCGUCCUGAAUCCCGGCGACCGCUGGCUCCAGGCCAGCGUCAGGGUUCUCAGCGUCAGUGUCGACGGGGAGAAGGUGGAUCUUUCAGCAUAUCCUUGCUUAGUCUUCAAGAAUCAAGUCAUCAUAAGACCUCAGUCCACAGAAGAGAUAAAGGUGCUCUUCAUGCCUUCCCGUCCUGGGAUCUUCAGGUGCAUAUUCAGUGUUGCUUCCUGGCCGUUUUCAGCAGACGCGGAGGCAAUCGUACAGGCGGAAGCCUUGGCGAGCAGGGUCGUUCUCACCGCCGUUGCCGAGACCCCCGUGAUUGAGAUAGAAACAGAAAAGAAAGAUGUUCUUGAUUUUGGUGACUUGGCUCACGGAGGCUGGAGGGCUCUGCCAUUAAAGCUGGUGAACAGGACGCACGCGGCCGUCCCGGUCCGGCUUGUCAUCAGCGCUAACGCCACAGCCUGGCGCUGCUUCACCUUCUCCAGGGAGCCCGUCCACGCUGCUGCCGGAGCGCUGCCCUACGCCACAGUGAUCACCCAGUUGGCAGCUCCCUCCGUGGUCACCCACAUGAUGCCCGCCAGCUACGAUGGACAGGAUCCAGAAUUUCUGAUAAUUUGGGUUCUUUUCCAUAGUCCAAAGAAACAGAUCCCUUCUUCAGAGAUUUUGGACUCAGCAGAAGAGUUCUUGGCGAGAGUUGAUGUGGAGCUUGACAGCCCGAACGCUACGCCAGUCAUCACAAGUGUCAGUCUUCGGGCCAGAGCAGGAGUUGCCAGGAUACACGCCCCUAAAGACCUGCAGACGAUGCACUUGUUUGCCAGCGUGGCUUCCUCGGCAAAGCAGUGCUUACCGUUGAAGAAUGCAGGGAACAUUGACGUCUACUUGGACAUCGAGAUCCCAGAUCGAGGAAGUCACUUUUCAGUGGAUCCAGGGAAUCUAUUCCUUAAACCUGGAGAAGAACAGGAAGUUACAGUUUCAUUUACUCCGAAGGACCCAGAAGCCCGUGAGGAAAGGAUCUUGAAAAUAUUUGUACAGCCCUCUGGCCCCCAGUAUGAAGUGAUGUUAAAAGGUGAAGUCGUUUCUCUAGGAAAUAAGCCUCCCACACCUGGGUCUUGCUGCUCAAACAUUCCAUCGAUUUUAUCCAACAAGCAGUUUCUGGCGUGGGCAGGUGUCCCUCUCGGCAGAACACAGCUUCAGAAACUAGCGCUAAGAAAUAAUUCGACAUCUGCAGCCCAGCACUUACGACUGCUGAUUAGAGGCCAGGACCAGGACUGCUUCCAGCUUCAGCACACUUUUGGCUCAGAAGAGCGAUUGACCAGUAGCUGUGAGAUCAGAAUUCGCCCGAAAGAAGACAUUUACGUCUCUGUGUUGUUUGCACCUACUCGAUUAUCCUGUAUGUUGGCUAAACUAGAAAUUAAACAACUUGGUAUUCGGUCACAACCAGGCAUUAAGUUCACAAUACCUUUGUCUGGAUAUGGAGGAACAAGUAACCUGAUUUUGGAAGAUGUUAAAAAGUUAUCUGACAGUUACAUGGUAGCAGUGAACGACUUAGUGCCUGGCAGAGAAAGUAGAAUUGUUUUUUCUGUUCGUAACACCGGCUCUCGUGCAGCUUUUGUGAAAGCAGUAGGUUUUAAGGAUUCUCAAAAAAAAGUUUUGCUGGAUCCUAAAGUAUUAAGGAUUUUUCCAGAUAAAUUUGUGCUCAAGGAAAGAACACAAGAAGAUGUUACUAUAAUAUACACUCCAUCAGACAGAGAAAGCAGUUCUAACACCACCACAGAACUGUCAACUGUAUACUUUUUUGGUGGAGAUGAAAUUUCAAGACAGCAGUAUCGAAGAGCUCUGUUGCACAAGCCGGGGAUUAUAGAGCAGGUGCUUGCAGGAUACAGUGUGCUGCAGAAGAUCGAUUUUGCUGAAGCAUUUCAAGAUGAGCUACUGGUAACUGAAGUGUAUGACCUUCCCCAGCGGCCUAAUGACAUCCAGCUCUUCUACGGAAACAUGCGUAAAAUUGUACUUUCCGUAAUUGGAGAAUUUAAAAAUUCGAUUUCUAACAGAGAACUUCCGCCUUCUUCCAAAGCUAGCUUGGAAUCUAAAAGUGAAGCUGGCAGUUGUGGGAAACACGGUGGUAAUGUGUCUUUGGACGUUCUGCCAGUUAAAGGUCCUCAGGGUCCGCCACUUCCGUCACGAGCCGUUCGCCCGCCGCAGGACAGACUGGCCUCGGAGGAGACCUGGGCUGUGCAGCCCGAGCACCUGAUUCUGGUCGCCUCGUCCUGUGACCUGGCAAAAACUGGACGUUUCCAGAUUGUGAACAAUUGUGUGAGGUUGCUGCGGUUUGAGCUGCACUGGCCAGCGCACUGCCUCACGGUGACGCCCCCGCAUGGGUUUGUGGCGCCUGAGAGCAAGCUCCAAAUCCUCGUGAGUCCCAACUUCUCCUUCUCCAUGAAGCAGUCGGUGUUCCCGUGGAGCGGCUUCGUCUACGUGCACUGUGACAGUGGACAGAAGAAAAUCGUGAAGGUUCAGAUUCGGGAAGACUUGACGACCCAAGAACUUUGCUCCCGUGUGGCCUCCAGCCCCUUCGGGGCCCUUUCCUCCGGGCCUGAGCCUGCAGCUCAUCACCUAGUGAGACCAGGGACAAAACCGCCUUCCACGAAAGUUGAGAUAAGAAACAAGACCGUUACUUUCCCUGCAACAGAGCCUGGCGAAACUUCAGAAAACCACCUGGACCUUGAGAACCCUGGUGACACAGACGUGAGGUGGCACCUGUCAUCUCUAGCUCCACCCUACGUCAAGGGAGCUGAUGAAAGUGGAGGUGUGUUUAGAGCUACCUACGCGGCGUUCAGGUGUUCUCCUGUUUCUGGACUACUGGAGAGCCACGGGACCCAAACGGUCUCCGUCACGUUUCUGCCCAGGGACAGAGGGGACUAUGCCCAGUUUUGGGAUGUUGAGUGUCACCCGCUGAAGGAGCCUCACCUGAAGCACACCCUGCGGUUCCAGCUGUGUGGACAGAGCAUCCCCGCAGAGAGUGAGCCUGAGCGCGCACGCGUUUCCGCACACACGCUGGUGAAGGUGGAUAACCUGGCUAAGGCCCGGAGGCGAGCCGUGUCUGAGGCGUCUGCGCCCAUCCCUGGCAGGCAGCUUGACCUGACUCACCGUGGCGUCUAUGCCCCAGAAGAUGUGUAUCAGUUUCUGCCGACGAGAGUUGGGGAGUCGAGGACGCUAAAAGUCAAUCUGCGAAACAAUUCCUUCAUCACACACUCGCUGAAGUUUUUAAGUCCCAGAGAGCCUUUCUACGUCAAACAUUCAAAAUACUCUUUGAGAGCCCAGCACUACAUCAACAUGCCCGUGCAGUUCAGGCCGAGGUCCGUGGGCAGAUUCGAAGCUUUGCUGGUGGUUCAAACAGACGAAGGCAGGAGUGUCGCCAUUCGACUGGUUGGUGAAGCUUUUGAAAAAAGUUGACCAAAUGCAUUGUGUGUGAAGUAAAUCACAUAAGUUCUGGUUUGGUAACUUCAUUUUUUCUACACUACCAGUAUUGUUCUGUAUAUAUUUUGUAUGAGAAGCUGGGUGUCUGUGACUUUUCUGUUUUGAGAAGCUAAUACUGAAGACCUGACUGAAGCAUCAUGUAUCCAGCCUCCAGUAUGUAACUUUUACAUGGAGAAGAGAGUUCUAUUUUUGCAUUGAUUACGAUGUUCUGAAUAAACAUGGCAUAGAUUUUAGUUGGUAUAUCCAGAAAUAAACUUAUUUUUCAUGGAA